CUUCAGUAUCAGGAAAUAUGUUUAAUGACCAGAUAGAGAAAAUAUCAAGCAAUGUGCCUUCAGAUAUUUCAUCAGAGGAAACGUCAAAUAAAACGGCGCCUGAACUACCGAUGGAAAGAUUCUGCAGCACAAAUAGAGACAUUUCCGCCAAAGAAGUGGAGGUUCUAUCAAGUCAAGUCCCGUCUAAAGAAUCCUCUCUGAAGAGGUCGAGGAACCUAUCUAGUGAGGGAGAAUCUGAGGAUUUAUUCGAAAAGAGAGCUAGGGUUUCAGCAGAGGAAAUUGGUACAGGAGGGCAAGAAAAGGAAAUGUUUCCUGUUUCACCUGUUAUGUCACCAAUUACACAAGACAUGCCACCUGAGGCUCCAUCAGGAGGAACUAUGACAGAAACAAAUGUAGAAUGCGGGGUCUCGCCUAAUGAAGAUAAGUCAGAAGGCCAAGUAGCAGAGGAAGAGGUAGAGAAAUCUGAUGCCAACAUGACCAGUGAGGAAUCCAUGGAUGUUCCAAGUGUGGAAUCUGGGAAAAUGUCUCAGAGGUCAUCAUCUGUGCCAGAUCAACAGCAGGUGUCAAUCGCUGUUGAUAAAGAAAAAAGUUCUGAAGGCGACAGGUGUUCAAUUUGUGGAAAAAGAAAUUGUCCUUCAGAUCCUAAACUGCGUUCGAAAAUAACCACUACCAGUGAGAAAUCCACAGAUGUAACAACUGCAGAAGCUGAGAAAAUGUCUCAGAGUUCAUCUGUGCCAGAUCAACAGCAGGUGUCAGUUGCUAUUGCUGAAGAAAGAUCUGAAGGCGACAGGUGUUCGAUUUGUGGGAAAAGAAAUUGUCCUGCAGAUCCUAAACUGCGUUCGAAAAUAAGCCAAAUGCCCAUGCCCCAAAAGUCACUUGUUGGGAAACAAAGUCUCCACGAAAGUCCAAGUUCUCCCAGGUUAAUGUUAUGAAGGUGAAGAAGACGAAGACUCCAUUCAAACACUGCAUUUAUACUCGAAGUUUAACAAACAGAUUGGCUAAACGCAUCGCUAAUCACACACCACUUCAUGUCUUCAAGUUAAAGGGUCAGCUCUUCAAAGCAGUGGAAGAUGGAGAUGUGGUAAAAGUGCAGGAAUUAAUACAAGAUACAGGAGCAGCUGUGAGG